UCUGGUCAACUGAUAUAGGACACAUACUUGAGUGCAUACUGCACAAAGCAUAUUUAUACUUAAUGGUUAGACCUUGACAUUGCUUAGACGGACAGGCAAGUUUUGGCUAAUACACACAUCACUGCAAUCAUGAACCAGGGCUCAUAUUCAGGAAUCGGAAGCAACCAACAAUUUCUUCAGCCUCCUGAUUAUGAUCCUCGAAGACUUUUUCCCUUUGGACUCAGUCCAAUUCCAGAAGUACCAUCUGAGUUUGCAUCUGAAGUUAGCUCAAUAGCUAGCUAUAGCCCAACACCUAGUCUUGAUGAUUCAGAUACAGAGGCUGAAAGUGUUCGCUCCAGAGGAAGUAUUUUGUACUCUGGCUCAUGUGAUUCAAUCAAGAGUAAUCACACUAUUCAUGGAAAAUCAAGUUCAGAAUCAUCAACGGAUACUGAGCACAGUUCUGAUGAAGAAACAGAAGAUGAAGCUGAAGGAUACAAUAUGAAUAACAUUCCUGUUGAUAAGGCAGAAGUCCUUGCCAGUAAGGUUUUUUCUGAAGAAAAUGCAUCUAUUAGUAAUGAUGAAUCUUGCUUAGUAUAUGAGAAUUCUACAGUAAAACAUGAGGAAUUGAACCUUGUUGAAGAAAAAACUAUUCCAAUAACUGCUGAACCAACACCUUCCAUUCCUUGUGAUUUGGUCUCAGGAGCUGCAACUGCAUCUGAGAUCUUUAGACAUCUACAGGCAACAAGAGGAAAGCAAGAAGUUACCACCGAGCUAGCUAAGAUACUGACAGUGCUAAAAUCUACAUUGAGUUCUGAUGAUAAAGAUUCUUCAAGCUCAGAUGAGGAUAGUCCAACAAAUAUUAAUAAUAGUUUAAGUCCAAUCCCAACAGGGAAACCUCCUAAGCCACCGGCAAAAAUUAAGUUUGCUAAAAACUCAGUUGUAUCUCCUUCUAUUCAGGCUAGAAUUAGAAAUCUAGAAGAAAAUAAGCCGGGAAACCCCAAAGAAGAAAUGAAUCUCUUAUCCAAAAUUCUAGUUCAUUUAUUGUGCUCAUGUAAGACUACUGCUGCUGCACAAGAACUAAAGAGAAUUAUAAGACAGUUCAAGGAAGUAGCUAAAGUUGCCAUGGAGGAAGGGGAUGAUACUUUGGAAAGUCUAAGAACCAGUAGCCGAGCUAGUUCUAGAAGUUCCAAAAGAAAGGCUCGUUCUAGGACCACCAGUGGAAAUAGCAAUGUGUCUGGAAACUCCGAAACAGACAGCAUGAAUACAUUGACACCAGGGGAUUCUAAAUCUAGUGGAACAGAUGAUGAAUUAGCACAGGAUCCAAAUUUUGGUAAAAUAAGGUUCACUAGCAAUGUAGACUUGGAUAAAACUAAUGAAUCAUGUGUCAGCUAUACACUUACAUUACCAUUAAAAGUAGUUGAUACACAAGAUGCUGAUGAAGAGGAGGAAUAUGAAGAUGAUGAGGAGUGGGAAUGGGAAUAUGAAGAUGAACUAGAAUCCUCCACACCUACUAAAGUAAGAAAUGAUUCAUCUGGUUCUUCUAGAAAUUUGACUCCCUCUGAGGCAAAGUCUGACAUUUCUACUGGAAGUACCAGAAGAAUUUUAAUGGAUAUGGAAUUGGGGGCUUACAACAGUCAAAGUGACCCAGGAAAUUCUCAAUCUACCCCCAUAACAGAAGAAGAGGAUGCCUUUUUAGAUGAAGAAGAAGAGGACUUUAAAAAUGACAAACACAAGAAAAAAGUUGCUGACAAAUCUGAAAACUCUGAACAUUUAUACUGUCAUUUGGAGGAAACAUUCAAGGUACUUUCUGACACUUACAAGAUUAUUACAACUGGAAGUUCCCCUGACAGUGAACAUCAUUGCUCUGCAUCACUGAAUGCUGGAAUUAGUACAGAUAAAAGUUUUGAGGAUAUAUUAGAUGGGGUAUCUAGUCAGUGUUUUCAAUUAGAAUCAGAAAUUUUACGAAGCUCCCGUCAGUCAACUGCUGAACCUGAAGGUAAAUUGAAUGACACUGGCUCUAGUUCAGGACUAGUUUCAAGACCGGUCUCAAGAUCAAAUUCAAGAACAGGUUCAAGACCUACCUCUGUUUGUAAACAAAGCAAUGUAACAUCAUCUGGAGUUGAUAAUUAUGAUGAUGAUGAUGAAUGGGAGUACUACUAUGAAGAAGAUUAUGAAGUUGAAACCAAAACAGAUUCUGAAGAACCGUCAAGAAUACUUUUGAGAUCUAGGCCUGCUUCUAGACAAGAAAUAGCAGAAUAUAAAUGUACACCUCAUCCUGUUCCUAGUGAAAAUGGGAAAAAUGAGGAUGGAAAUCUAUCAAGACCAUCAUCUAGAAUUGUUAAAAGGCCAUCUUCUAGAAUUUCUAGACAACCUUCAAGAGCAUCUUCUAGGUGUUCUGUCAAACAAUCAGUAGAGGAAGAGGACUGGGGUGAUGAAGGUGAGUGGGAAUAUUAUUAUGAGGAAGACUAUGAAGAGGAGCCUAAAGCUCCAGUAGAGGUCCCAAGGGUGCCAUCUAGAAUACUAAUGAGAUCAAGACCAGCUUCAAGACAGGAAGUGGAGGAAUAUAGACAUAAAUCUGCACCAGAAAAAGAUGCAUCUCGACCAUCUUCUAGAAUUGUAAAAAGACCUGUUUCUAGAAAUUCCAGGCCUCCUUCUAGAACAAAUUCUAGAUGCUCUGUCAAACAGCCCUCAACAGAAGAAGAAGACUGGGGAGAAGAAGAUGAGUGGGAAUACUAUUAUGAAGAAGAGGAAAAUAAUGAUGUGAAUUAUGACAGUAAAACCUCAAACCAGCUAAACCCAAGAGUGCCUUCAAGGCAAGAAAUUGUCUCUAGAGUACCAUCCAGGCAAGAAGUAGAUGCUAAAAAGGGCCCUUCAAGAUCAACCUCCAGAACUCAAGUAAAAGUACCAACUCGUCCAAGUUCAAAAGCUACAAAUAAUGAGAAUCAGGAUGAGGAUCAGUGGGAAUACUAUUAUGAAGAAGAUUAUCCAGAGCAGGAGCCAGCUAACCACAGUGCCAAAACACCUUCCAUUCAAGUGGAUGACCCUAAUGGAGUUCUCCAGAUUAAAGUGCAAUCAAGACCCAAUUCAAGACAAUCUUCUAACCAAAGCAGGCCUAAUUCACGAUCUGGAUCUAGACCAGUGUCUAGGUCAGGGUCAAGACCAGGCUCAAGAACUGCAUCAAGGCUAAAACUAACAAGUGCACUUGGAAAUGUAGAGGAGGAAGAUGAAUAUGAGUGGUAUUAUGAUGAUGGAGAUGAUGCAGAACUAUGCAGAUUCUCACCAACACUAACUACAGCUCCAACAACAAGAGCAACAAGCCCAUUUCCUGAUGAAAAGGGACAAACUCAGAACAACACAGGAACAGGAUUCUCUCGAAGAAGACUGAUCUCCAUUCAUGAGUCUGAGGAAACAACUCCAGUCCCCUCCAAAACUCCCACAAACCGAGAAAUUGAGAGUGCUACUCCUAUUUCCGGCAGCAGAGCAUCAAUGAACCAGACACCAUGUGGUUUUAAAGCUGGAUACUUAACACCAGCAGGUGUUUCAGUAGCCUUAGCAGCAGAAUAUUUGGGUCAAGAUGCUGAAACACUUGCUGCUUCUCUUCCUGUAAACUUUAUAGACAACAGUCCAAGCAUGAAUGAAAAGAAGAAAAAACACAAACAGAAACAUAAAUCAAGGGACAAAGACAGUGAUGCAACAAAUGAUGAAGGCGAGGAGAAGAAAAAGAAGAAAAAGAAAAAAGAUGGAAAAUUUUUACCUAAAGUUGGUGUUAAAGAGUUGGCCAGUCAGUUAGAGUCACAGCUAUUUCAAGAUGAAACUGCUGGACAUAAAAUGAUCAUAACUAGGGAACAAGUUUCAGGAAUCAUAAGAGAUUCCAAGAAGAAAACUGCCAGGGAAGAAAUAAGCAAUGAAAGAUUGUCUGUCUUAUCACCAAUCUCUAAGAAAAAGGAAGAGGAAAAACGCAAAAGUGUUAGAGAAAUGGUAGAGCUAAUGUCAUCACACAAGCUAGGGGAACCAAUCGAAAAUCAAAACAACAUUCCAAGUAUUUCAGUUUCUUCUCAAAUGGGAGCACCUCCUGGUCCACCUCCACCACCAGUUUACUAUCAAUCUUCCAAUCAUCAAUACCCUCAACCUGGCUAUCAACCCUAUCCUGUUGAAGUACAUGCACAGUAUCCACAGUAUUCUCAAAGCCCUCAUAGUCCCUACCAACAAUAUCCCCCUCAAUCUCCAUACCACCAAUAUCCUCCCCAACAGUAUCACAAUUAUCAAAACUUUCCCCCACCUCCUCCUCCACAGCAUUAUCAACAGUACCAACAAUAUCCUCAAUACCAUCCUCCACAGCUUCAACCUUAUCCUGGAUACAACCAAAAUUAUCCGUCACAUCCACCAAUGGUGUAUCAAUCAGAAAAUAAUCCAAAUCAAGUAAAAGUAGUUGCUGGUGGACAAACUACGAUUGUCAAUAUGAGACAGAAAAAUACUGGAACAAAGCAAAAGGAUCAAAUAAGACAAAAUAAAAGCCCUGAUGCACAAAGAAACAGUCCAAACGAUUCUGAGGCCUAUGGAACAGGUUCUACUGGAAGUGACCAGACAGAAGGUCAAGAAGCCGGAAUUGAUCAUGAUGAAAAUAAAGAAACAGAGGAUGGGAAUGGAAAACCACAUAAAAGACAUUCCCGUUUAUUCAAACUGUUGCAAGACUCUGACUACACAGAUUCUGAUGCUGAUUCCAGAUCAGAUUAUAGUCGUAUUUCCAUGAAAAACAUGGAAGAUAAUCAUAACAGAGAAUCAGAUAUUGAUUCAGUUUGUUCUGGUCUGGAAAGAUCAGGAGUGGAAAGAAAACAUUCUUUUAGAUCCCACAAAUCUUCAAACAAAGAAUCAGACAAUGAUUCUGUUACAAGCACUGGGAUAGAGAGAAAAAUAUCUCCUAACUCUGUUCAAAGUAGCGUUAAACACAGACGAUUCAUGCAACUAAGUUUACAACCAAAUUAUGAGCCAAGUUCUAGUGAGCUCUCAACUCCUAAUUCUCCAACAGGGACAGGGCCUGAUAAAAGAAGGUCAUCAUCAAAGCCUCCGUCAAGAGUUUGGAAUUACCAUGCAGAUGAUUUUGACUCCCAUGCUGGAGUAUCCGAUGAUUCUUCUUAUCAAAGUCUUCAAAGUCUUAAUAGCUUUGAUUCUAUCUAUGAUAACAUUGCUGGAAUGGAAGUUGAGGAAAUAAUGAAAAGAAAAGUAAGCAGAGAUAACCUUUAUCGUUAUCAAGCAGAAAGCCCAGGUGCCUAUGUGCGAGCAUCUCCAAAAGGAGUAGAUUUACUUCGUGGAUCCCCUAAAACUCACUCCAGUUCACCGAACACAUUUAAUCGAAAUUCUCCUAAAUUGGAACAAGAGCUGCUUGAAUUAACAAACUUUCCAAGUUCUCCAGGACUUUCUCUUCGUCAGUUCCAAACCCAUAGAACCUUCUAUGGAGGGAAAUAGAUGCAAGCAAACCUCUCUGGAGGGAUAAAUUUUAACAGUUGAAGUUUUGUGAUUGCUUCCUUCUUCGUCUAAAUGAGUAAACAUUCCUUUAUCUUGUAUUCAUUUUCCACAAGCCUGUGGCUGUAACUUAUGGCACCAUCUUUAUUUCUCCAUUACCUCAGUUUUCAAGAACAGCUGGACUUUUUCAUCAUUUUUCAAUUGUUUAGAUACUUUUUUAGCCUUUACAAUACCAUCUUCUUUUUUAUUUAACUUUAACUUUAAAAUACAUCAUUUUUUAGCCAAAAACUGAUACUUUACUUUCUGAAAUAUAUCUAAAAUACACCAAAAUCCGAUGCUGAAUUGCACCAUAAGCAAUAUCUUAUUUAUUAAAUAACCACAAUUUUUUAAACAAUUAUUUUUGAUGUUUCAUGUAAAACAAUAUUGUAAGAUUCAAGCUGGAAUUGGCGCCAAACUUUUCAAAUCUGUGUGUUGCAUUUUAACAGUUUGCAACUCUUUAACUUUUAUAAAUUAUAUCAUAUUUAUCAACAACUAUAGAAUGUCUAAUUAAAAAUAUAUAAUGUAAUAAAG